UUACGGUAAGGUGGCCACGGCGGCGGCGGCGGGUCCGUGUCAGGUGAUCUGAGGCGAGUUGCCGCUGGCGCUGCCGCCCAAACGACGCCGCUUGCCCGGAGGAGGAGGGCAGAGACGCAAGGAAAAUGCAACAUGGCCCAGCAGCUGCAGCAGCGGCGGGGCUGUGAGGAGGGGCUGCCUGGCGCGCCCUCCGCGGCCCUGACGCGCGGGGACCGCGGCGAGCGCUGAGAGCCGCUGCCUCCCCGACGCCUUCAGCCCGGACGCGCGCACAGCUCGUCGGUUCCCCCCGGAGGGGGCAGCGAGACAUGGGGCUCUGCUACAGCCUGCGCCCGCGGCUCUUCGGCGACUCCGGAGGCGGCUCCAUCUCCAGCGCCGCCGCCGCCACCACCACCACCUCGGAGACCGAGCAACAGCCGCCGCCGCCCACGGCGGAGCCCCUGGCCCGGCCGCCGCCGCCACUGCCCGGAGCCCCGGCCGGGGGAGGAGGACGAGGAAGGAGCGCGGGGAAAAGCGGCGGCAGUGGCAGCAUCUGCAGCGGCGGCGGGGAGGCGGAAGGCGGCGGGAAGGCGCGCGCGGUGGAGCUGGACGGGCCGCUGCUGCUCCUGCAGAACGGAGCGGGCAACGGGGCGGCUCCCGCGGAGAAGGACAAGGGGCGGCAGCGGGGGCCGUCGCCACCUCUCGCAGCUGCGGCGGCUACGCCUCAGGCCAAGCCCGAGUCGGGCACCGCGGCGAAGCAGCAGCCGCUGGCGCUGCAGAGACCUUGGGAGAAGCUGCGCCUGGAGGAGCGGGAGGCGGAGAAGGAGGCGAGGCGAGUGAGCAAAAGCAUCGACCGGGCGCUCAAGGAGCAGAAAAGGGAAUACAAGCAGACGCACCGCCUGCUGCUGCUGGGGGCUGGUGAGUCAGGAAAAAGCACUAUUGUCAAGCAGAUGAGGAUCUUGCAUGUAAAUGGAUUUAAUUCAGAAGAAAAGAAACAGAAAAUUCUGGAUAUUCGGAAAAAUGUAAAAGAUGCAAUUGUGACCAUAGUUUCAGCAAUGAGCACUUUAAUACCUCCAGUUCCACUGGCCAACCAAGAAAACCAGUUUCGAGCGGACUACAUCAAGAGUAUAGCUCCACUUUCUGACUUUGACUACACACAGGAAUUCUUUGAACACGCAAAAAAGCUCUGGGACGAUGAAGGAGUAAAGGCAUGCUUCGAGAGAUCAAAUGAAUACCAGUUGAUUGAUUGUGCACAAUACUUUCUAGAAAGAAUAGACAGUGUCAGUCUGAUUGAUUACACACCUACAGAUCAGGAUCUCUUGAGGUGCAGGGUUUUGACAUCUGGGAUUUUUGAGACAAGAUUCCAAGUAGAUAAAGUAAACUUUCACAUGUUUGAUGUAGGUGGUCAGAGAGAUGAAAGAAGAAAAUGGAUCCAGUGUUUUAACGAUGUCACAGCUAUUAUCUUUGUUGUGGCCUGUAGCAGCUACAACAUGGUCAUAAGGGAAGACAACAACACAAACAGAUUACGGGAGUCCCUGGACCUCUUCAAAAGUAUCUGGAACAACAGGUGGUUACGGACAAUUUCUAUCAUUUUGUUUUUGAAUAAACAAGAUAUGCUGGCUGAAAAAGUCUUGGCAGGGAAGUCUAAAAUUGAAGAUUAUUUUCCUGAAUUCACACGUUACACUGUACCUGAAGAUGCAACGCCAGAUGCAGGAGAAGACCCCAAAGUUACAAGAGCAAAGUUUUUUAUCCGGGAUGAAUUUUUAAGAAUAAGCACGGCGACUGGAGAUGGAAAGCAUUACUGCUACCCCCACUUUACAUGUGCAGUUGACACAGAAAACAUCCGCAGAGUGUUCAACGACUGUAGAGACAUCAUUCAGAGAAUGCACCUUCGGCAGUAUGAACUAUUGUAAUUGAGAACACCAUGGAGCCUGUGGUUUUAAACAUCAUCUUUUUUUCAGACUUCCUCAUGUGAAGUAGAGGGAGAUGCUAUAUAGAUACACGUCUGCCUCCUCGGUUUGUUUACUUUGAUUAGCCUUUCAACCCAGUUCAUGCUUUAUGGGACGAUGUGUGUGCUUUAUUUUUAUAUGCCACUUCUGUGUCAUUCCACUAAGGCCUUUGGCUACCUCUGUUUCCUUAGGUUUCGUUGCAUCUUUGUUUUGUUUUUAAUUGGACAUAGCCUGCUAGUUUCCCCCCCACCCCAGCAGGCUUGUUCAAGGUGGUAUCUGCUAGUUGGGCGACACCAUGUCAUACUUGCAGUGUGCAUGGGUUUCCUUUCUACCGUGACGCUGAAGAGUACUUGAUAGAUUGGGUGGGGGGAGAAUAAUGCACUUUGUUUUAGGGUUGUGAAAUACUGUUGAGGAUAUAUACAUGCGUGAUGUAGCAGCACCACAAUAUUAGUCACAGUUUUUAACAUAACUGAGUUGCAGGUCAGCUGACAAAGGUGACCUCCUCUUCUAAGCCAUUAUUGGCACAGGAAAUAGACUAGAUAGUGAGGCACAGGGAAGAUGAGCAAUUUUUCUGGAGGUUUGGAGCUAAGAGUCUCUACGCACCUCAGGCAUUUGAAUUCAGAGCUACUUUUUCAGACUAUUUGCAUCUUGGCAGAAAAUUCACCCUCACUUUUGUUUCUUCUGUCCACAAAUGAUCCAACUACUUUAGAUCAUUUUUGGACAACAGUCUUCUCCCUAUAUAUAUAUAAUAUAUAUAUAUAUAUAAUAUAUAUAUUAUUUUUGUUUUACUUCUGGUUUAUUAUUAUAUUGUACAGACUGUAAAGUGUAAUAUUAUUUUGUACAAUUUUAUUGAAGAUAAAUACUUGUAGAAGAUCUUUGUGCCUUGAUUAUGGCUGUACCUGUAAAACGAGCUAAGAUGUAAGUAUGUUUUUGAUUGCGCUGUACAGCUUGAUGUCAACUUUACCUGCAGCAGUGACUGAAGGUAAAAAACUUCUCUGUAGAGUUUAGGGUUUUUCUGGUUUAUAUAAAAAGAAAUGCUCUUUAGUAUAAAAAAAUUAUAAAUUAUGCAAAUUUAAGUCAUAUACCUUUGAAAGUAAGUUAUUACUGCCACCAGAUGUUGCAGCAAAUAUGCCUUUCUCAGUCUUAGCUUUAAAACACUGAAAUUGAUUCAAGUGUCCAAAUUGCAACCUGGUGUUUUCAUGGAAACCAAGGAUUUUGUUUUACCUUUAAAAAAACACCUAUGUUCAGUAAUUCUUUGGUCAUUCAUAGCCAAUUUCACAAUUGCACAGAUUGUGAAUGUGUAGAAGCACCAUUAGAUAAAGGCUCUUUAAUCUCUGUUGCAACAGCCGCUUUCAUUGUGCAAAUUGGAAGAAAGAAGAAAAGGUUUAACCCUUGUGUCUGGCCUAAGAGAAUUACAAGAUGACAAUUUUAUUUCUCUUAAUAAAGAGACCUUAGAAAAUGGUUUUAUUUUAAAUAUUGUAGAAUCACAAUGUGUGGAUAUUUCUCAAACUUGAAUAAUUUAUGCAAAUGACAUUCACAAAAUAAGUUGUGGUACAGUAUAAUAUAAAAGCAAGAAUUGCAGUAGCAAUAAGGCAUGUCCUUCUCAGUCCUAUAACACUGCUUUUAUAUUUUAUACAUAGGUGUUAUGUCAGAGUACAUAGUUUCCUGUGUCCAAGGUAACCUGUACAAACGUUUAAAAUUUGUAAUUGCAAUAACAAAAUUUAGAAGUGUUAGCCUACAUACCUUCAUAGAUUAUGUAUCACUUGGAUUAUCUUCAUCCUUUGCUUUAAAUUUAAAGGCAAAUUACUCUUUGAAAUAUUUUCAACCACCCAAUGUGAAUCAAUUCUUAAAGGAGGAUAGCAUGUUUGUUGUUUAUGUAAGCCCAGGCAUUUUUUUCUGAUAACUGGGCAGACAUGUUGUGGUUUUAACUCUGCAGAGGGGUCACAUUAGUAAUCUUUCUAGGUACUGUAUUUUCUAAGACCCUUUUCAACACUUUAGUUCGACUCUGAAACUGCUAGUUGGAUAUAUUUUAAUGAUUUUUCAGUAAUGCUAACCAUGCAUGUUUCCAAAAUGUUAGAAAGACACAAGUGUUUAGGAUCAAAGUACAAGAUUCUGUCAACACCAUUUCCCAUAAAGUGCAUCACUAAUACCAAGCAUCAGGCCUUUCACUCUUACUGCAUUUGCCCAUCAUGGUAAACCAUAGUUAAUAGCUUACUUGUAACAUAAAGAUGGCUCCUGCCACAAAGUGAGCAGGAGAAACAAACCACAGUCCUGGCUUAGUGUAACAUGUGGACUUGAGGAUUGUGGUUUGUUUCACUAUGAACAGACCUUAGUUGGUAAGCCAAGAAAUAAACCUUGACUUCCCUCUGUGGUUUGUUUGGGAGUAAAAUAAACCAGUAUCCUCAAGUUUACACAGGGGAUUGUGGUUUGUUGCUCCCAUUCAUGCUAGAGGAGAAAUUUCUGCGUUUACUGUAAAUCAUUCGCUAUGGUUUAUUGCAAUGACGCACUAGGCCAGGCAUCCCCAAACUGUGGCCCUCCAGAUGUUUUGGACUACAAUUCCCAUCAUCCCUGACCACUGGUCCUGUUAGCUAGGGAUCAUGGGUGUUGUAGGCCAAAACAUCUGGAGGGCCGCAGUUUGGGGAUGUCUGCACUAGGCCUAUAUAAAAGGGGGGGGGGAGAAAGGAGCUGCUUGCCUUCUAUUCCAGAGAUUAAUUUCAGCCAGACAUCAUAGCACGUGCCAGUGGGAUACACAUAUUGCACACAGCUACUUCUACAGAUCCAAGAGGUUUGUCCUCAAUUUUCUGCCUGGUUAGCCAAUCCUCUGCAAGCCUGUUAGGCAAGGGUUUUGAUAAUUGGCACACGACUGCCAUCAAAAACUACAUCUAACUUAAAACAAGGAGACUUGUCUGAGGCCAGUAAGCUACUUCUCCCAAUAGCCCUUUUUUGUAAUAUCUUACUGUAAAAUAACUCUACAUCAAGGAAAAGAAGUACCACACCAGAUGGUCUCGCAGCAAUAACACUUUAAAAUUAUUUCCAAUUAGAAAGACUGAGCCUCUAAGCAGCAUAGGACACUAGUGCAGACACAAGAGGAGGCUUGUAGGACUUAUAGUGUACAGUUACAAACUUUUAAUAUACAUAUUUGAUACAAAAACUUUAGCAAGAAAAUGAUUCAUUUGAUUGUAGAAUACAAUAUUUUUGUACAGCAUGAAGCAUUCAGUUAACUUACCCUGUAGUAUAAGUCAUAUCAACUGUAUAGGACUUUCUGUAUGUAAAGGCAACCUGCCUUUGGGCUAGCAAUUCAAGUACGCAUUUGCUGGCAUGAAUGUAGUCUGAUGGACUGUUCUUUAGCUUUGGUGUGUCAGUGACCGAUUACAAGUGUCUGACUCUUCAUACUGCUUUAUAUUUAGUGAUUAAACGCUGAACAAAAUGAAAAGGGGUAACGAGAGGGUAAAAGUGAGCUAGUACCAGGACCAAAAGCACAGCUCCUGCUGCACAGUAGAUAGUAAGAACUGUGUUCUCGAAUGGAAGAAAACACUUAUAGAGAGAGAAGUCGGUUGGUGUUAUACUGCCCUGAGAAAGAAAGGGAAACGGCAUUUUAUAAGAUAUGGGGCAAGUGGUUGGGAGCCUGUAUGCUUUACAAUUAUACUAAUGGUAGAGUUCAGUUUUUCUCAUAGCAUCAGUGCUCUCAACUGUCCUCUGGAUAAGAGAUGCAGACAGCUUUAAAACCUAUGUUAGAUAUUCCAUUUGUUAAGCACUGAGCUGCCUUGAGACUAUUUUGUGCCAUUUUAAAUAUUUUUUUCAGUAAAGAACACAGCAGCUGCUAUUUGGCUGGGCAGCUACUCAGGCCGCAUAGCACCUACUGGCCCUGACCUGGGGAAUGACUUCCACAUAACUAUGUAGGAUUGCAGGCUAAAUGUGCUUAAUUGUGUUGGAUGGUGGCCACUAAGUAUGUGGGGUGACAAAGCAUACGAGAUAAAGCCAGAUUAGUAAUACUCUCGGAGUGCAGGGGGAGGGAGCACUGGUCUGCAGGUAAUCUAGGCCAAUAGUCAGACACCAUCUAUUCCUCAAACUGCUGAAAACAUGAUAUUCUGAAGUAAACUGGAUUAUCUGGUAAGUAAACACUCUAAACAAAAUUAGGGAGACAACAUGCUUUCCAAGUACAACUGUUUUAACACUGUGUUACUUACUAAGUGAUGAAUAACUUUCAUCUAUGAACUAAAAAUUGUAACCAAUUUGCUGUCCCCCAUGCAAAAGAGGCUGAAAAAGUAAACUUAGCACAGAACUGGUUUUUUGAAAAGAAUGAAUAUUUAAAUGUGUUUUAGAACUGGGAAAUUUUUUGUGCUUCAGGUUAAUCUACUUAGAGUUGUAAUCUAGGAUACCCAAAGUAAGCAAACUGUGAAUUAGGUUCAUCUGAUAGAAUUUUGCUGCCCUAUGAGAUAGUACGUUUGCACUUUUGAAAGACAGAAGAACCAUGCAGAAAAGAUAUGGUCCUGUGGAUAAAUCAGCUAAGCAAAAACAAGUCUUAAUACUGUUUGUUGCAGACUACUGGUGAUUGUUGCAGUCAAAUUGUUUACACUGCAUCCUCUUUAUAGAAACAUACUAAAUAUAGCUUGUAUGUAGACAUGUUUGUAAAACCUACAAAAAAAAUACUUUGCACUAUACAAGCAGGAUGGCUACACAAGUAUGUGCUUUAUAAAGUGGGUGCUUUGUAUUCAACUUAAGUGUACUUUUGGAGAGGAUGGGAGGAGCUGUUUUGUUUUGCUUUUUUACAGGUAGCAUCAGUCUGAGAAAAUAGCUGAUUGCUAUGUUGAUUUAUAUUAUGAAAAAUUAUCUGACAAAAUAAAAACUAUUUAAACUUA